AAGAAGAAGGGAGGAAGCGUUCGGAUGCGUCUUACAACAACCGGAAGUGCGCCGUAGAUUGUAGCUGGGGCACAAAGGAGGAUGUGAGAGGGACGAAGCGAGAGAAGAGGGGGCCAGGAAGGAAUAAUGACUUGGAAAAGGCCUCUUUGGUGGCUGAAGUGCUGUCUGUGGCUGCAUGAUGGAAGGGAACGAAACGGCAAACCUGUGCAGUAAAUCUGUUGGAUGGCUUCAGAAGCAAGAUAAAGAUGUGGAGCCCUGGUUGUGGAAGCUCUCAAAUUGCUUCUCUACACUUACUCAGUCUUUACCUUCUGCUGGCGGAAACCCGAAAGAUUACAUGGAGCAUCCAAAGCCUAAAGUUGAACUAAAGGAUGUUCCUCCUCCCCCACCCCCAGUUAAGCCUUGUAAAAAUAUUUUUCCAACAGUACCCCUUCCUAAAAUCCAACCACCAGCACUACCAGCUGUCCAACAUCAAACAGGCCCAAAAGUAAGCUGCUGCGUGCUGUGUUCCAAUAGUACUUCUUGUGCACCUGAAAUUCGGUGCAGUGGUGGUGGUUAUAUUCAUCCAAACACUAUCUUGGACACCGGUACGGUUACCUGCCAGGUAGCCCCAGGGCUAUCAUUUGCACCUGAAAGUCCUUUCAAAAAAGCUUCAAGUACAAGCACUUUUGUCCCUCGCUCAGCUGGUUUCUCUAAUCUUUGUUUGGAAAACCGCUUAUCACCAUGCCAGUGUCAUUCUCAACCAGCACCUUGCUACUCUAAAGUUCAUUUAAACCCUUUUCACGGUGACCACCCCAGAUUUCAGGUUCCUGCACUUGGCACGUCUCCUAGCUAUUUCACCAGUGGGCUUUCGCAGCAUGUAGAAAACCAUCUAGCACAGUCUGAGUACCUGUCACAUUACUGCACAAGUUCUCUGCAUUUCAACACACCAUCUUCUGCCUUUCUCAAAGGCCCUCAUUUUUGCAAUGUCUGCUUCGAAAAGCCAUCUAGCAGUAAAGUCACUGAUUCACAUAAGAUUUGGCCAAAUAUCCCUCCACCAAAUACAAGCAGUGCCCCUAUCCCUAUAUGCAAUGGCUGUGGAACACAAGAGACCGUGAAGGAGGCUGCUCUCAUACUUGCAAAGAAUCUCUGCAAAGCAUCACAGAAAUAUGGAUCCCCAGAUUUGGCUACAGGACAGAUGCAGGAAAAUCUUCCACCUAUAGGUGUGUUUUGGGACAUUGAAAAUUGCUCUGUUCCCAGUGGGCGCUCUGCAGUAACAGUGGUAAAGCGGAUCCGAGAGAGGUUGUUCAAAGGACACAGAGAGGCAGAGUUCAUUUGUGUUUGUGACAUCAGUAAAGAAAACAAAGAAGUUAUUGAGGAACUUAAUAAUUGUCAGGUAACAGUUGCUCACAUUAAUGCGACAGCAAAAAAUGCUGCAGAUGACAAACUCCGACAGAGUUUAAGAAGGUUUGCAGACACACACACUUCUCCUGCCACUGUUGUUCUGGUUUCAACCGACGUCAAUUUUGCUUUGGAGCUCAGUGACCUGAGACAUAGGCACAGUUUCCAUAUCAUACUAAUUCAUAAGAACCAGGCAUCUGAAGCACUUCUUCAUCAUGCACAUGAGCUAAUCCACUUUGAAGAAUUUAUUUCAGAUCUUCCUCCUAGGUUACCCAUUAAAAUGCAGUGCCAAACACUUCUAUAUGUAUAUAACUUGCCAACAAACAGAGACGCAAAGAGUAUCAGCAACCGUCUCCGGCGUUUGUCUGAUAACUGUGGAGGAAAAGUUAUGAGCAUAUCUGGCACUAGUGCCAUCCUCCGAUUUGCAAACCAAGAGAGUGCUGAACGAGCCCAGAAACGCAUGGAGAACGAGGAUGUGUUUGGCAACAGGAUUACAGUGUCUUUUACACCUAGAAACAAGGAGGUCAAUGAAACAAAGAACAGCUGUGUCAGUAAUGAGAAAGCAAAGUCUCCUAAAAAAGUUAACAAGAACACCAAAUUGUGCCUCAGCAUCAAAGAUGACUCUUCAUCGAACACCAAAGCUGCUUCCAAGUCUGCAUGUGGUUCUGUUAGCAAAAACUCAAAUGUUAAAAGUUUGAAGGAGCUGUGUCAGAUGCAAUCCAAGUCAAAUAAAACCAGCCAGCAGGAGAAAGACAAGAAAAGAAAUGGAGACAAGCAAGGAACUUUAUCCCAAAGCAGCCCUCUUUGUACAAACCAGAUGCCUCAAACAGCCAGAAAUGUUGGAACAGACAACACAGCUUCUAAAAGCUUUCAGAAAAGGGAUGACACUACGCGCAAAAGCAAUGCAGAUUCCCAAAAAGAGCAAAAAAACAAGGAAGAUGUUGUAUUUCAAAUAAGUAACCCAUCUGCCUUCAGCAAACUAACUGAAUCAAGGCAAGCUAGUCCUUUUUGUUCAUCACAGAGCGGUUGGUCAUCAAGGAGUCUGUCUCCAAGCCUCUCAAACUGCUCUUCACCAAUAGCUACUAAUCAGACUGGUGCUGCAGAUAAUUCUGUUGACCCUUUUGCAAAUGGUGCUGAUAUUCAGAUUGGAAAUCUGGACUAUCGAAUGUCCAGGAAAGAGCUUCAACAAACCUUGCAUGACAUUUUUUCCAGGCAUGGAAAGAUAAAGAAUGUUGAACUCAGUCCUCAUACAGACUAUCAACUGAAAGCCACUGUUCAGAUGGAAAACCUCCAGGAAGCAAUCUGUGCCGUUAAUAGUCUACACAGAUAUAAAAUUGGGAGUAAGAGAAUCCAAGUGUCUCUGGCUACGGGAGCAACAAAUAAGUCUCUUUCUCUGCUAAGCUUUGGAACAGUUUCCAUCCUCCAAGAUGCUCCAGCAUGUUGUCUCCCUUUGUUUAAGUUUACAGAAAUCUAUGAAAAAAAGUUUGGACACAAGCUAAUUGUGUCAGAUCUGUACAGAUUAACCGACACGGUUACUAUACGUGACCAAGGAAAUGGACGAUUAGUUUGUCUGCUGCCCAGUGUUCAAGCAAGGCAAAGUCCAAUGGGAUCGUCCCAGUCACAUGAUGGCUCCUCAGCUAAUUGCAGUCCUGUUGUAUUUGAAGAGCUCGAAUAUCAUGAGCCUAUAUGUAGACGACACUGCAGUAAUAGGAAAUUCAGUGGACAUGAUUUUGAUCCGGACUCCUACAUAAUUCCUUUUGUGAUCAUCUCUCUAAAGACUUUUGCUCCCCAAGUUCAUAGCCUGUUGCAGACCCAUGAGGGAACGGUUCCAUUGUUGAGUUUCCCUGACUGCUAUGCUGCAGAGUUCAGUGCAUUAAAAGAAGUGCAGGAAGGACAAGGAGGAGUCCCUCUAGAGCACCUGAUAACCUGUAUUCCUGGGGUCAACAUUGCAUUUGCUCAAAAUGGAAUAAAGGUUGUCAAGUGGAUACACAACAAGCCACCCCCUCCAAAUUCUGAUCCUUGGUUAUUAAGGUCCAAGAGCCCUGUUGGUAACCCACAGUUGAUUCAGUUCAGCAGAGAAGUGAUUGAUUUGUUGAAGAAUCAACCAUCAUGUAUAAUGCCAGUCACUAAAUUCAUCCCAACAUACCACCAUCACUUUGCAAAGCAGUGCCGUGUGUCAGAUUAUGGAUACUCCAAGCUUUUGGAGCUGCUGGAGGCUGUGCCUCAUGUUCUGCAGAUUCUUGGCAUGGGUUCAAAACGCUUAUUAACCUUGACUCACAGGGCCCAGGUAAAACGAUUUACACAAGAUCUCCUAAAGCUUCUUAAGUCUCAGGCCAGCAAGCAAGUCAUUGUAAGAGAAUUCUCACAAGCUUACCACUGGUGUUUCUCAAGAGACUGGAAUGUGACGGAAUAUGGUGUCUGUGAUCUGGUUGACAUUGUAUCAGAAAUACCUGAUACCACAAUAUGUGUUUCACAGCAAGACGGUGAGAGUGUAAUCUCUAUUCCAAAGCGAGAACGUACUCCUGAGGAGGUUGAAAGGACAAAGCAAUUUUCAAAGGAAGUUGUUGACUUGCUUCGGCAUCAGCCUCAUUUCAGAAUGCCUUUUAAUAAGUUUAUUCCAUCAUAUCAUCACCACUUUGGUCGUCAGUGCAAACUCACUUAUUAUGGGUUUACCAAACUGCUUGACCUCUUUGAAGCCAUACCAGAUGUUUUGCAAGUCUUAGAGUGUGGUGAGGAAAAGAUUUUGGCUUUGACAGAAAUGGAGCGUAUUAAAGCCUUGGCUUCCCAGCUUGUUAAACUUCUGCGUUCUCAAAAAGACUCUUCCAUUAAUAUGCCUGACUUGCUUACUGAAUAUAGCAAGACAUUUGGUUACAGUCUGAGGCUCCACGACUAUGAUGUCAGCUCGGUGCCUGCACUGAUGCAAAAACUCUGCCAUGUUGUGAAGAUUAUGGAUACAGACUUAGGAAAACAAAUUCAGCUCAUCAACAGGAAGUCAUUGCGUUCAUUAACUGCCCAGCUUUUAAUACUGCUAAUGUCCUGGGAUGAAUCUUCAUCCCUCACUGUUGAGCAGCUCUGCCAGGUCUAUCAGUCUGUCCAUGGCAUUCCCCUUAAUCCAUGUGAAUAUGGGUUUGUGUCCUUGGCAGAACUCUUGAAAAGCCUGCCGUAUUUGGUUGAGGUACAUACAAACGAUUUGUGUGAAGAUUCUGUGCAGUUAACCUCCUUGUAUGUAUUUGCAAAGAAUGUUCGUUCUUUGCUGCACACUUAUCACUAUCAACAAAUUUUUCUGCAUGAAUUCCCUAAUGCAUACAGCAAAUACGUCGGAGAGGUGCUUCAGCCCAAACAGUAUGGAUACAGUAGCCUAGAGGAGAUUUUGGGAGCCAUUCCUCAGGUUGUUUGGAUAAAAGGACAUGGACACAAGAGAAUUGUGGUGCUGAAGAAUGAUAUGAAGGUCUGUCACCAAAUGGACAAAGAGCUCCUUUGUCUCACUUCUCCCAUGGAUCUUUUGUGUGGACCUGUUCCUUCCUGUCUCCCAUCCCCCCAGCUGCAUCCUGAUCCAGUAGUCACACAGCCAGCAGACCUCAUCCAGUUUGAAGAACAUUUUCAUUUCUCAGAUCUGGUGUAUCCAGAAGAAACCCAAUACAAUCCUCUUUGUAAUGGGACACAGCCUUGUAACUUCCCUACUUCUGCAGACCUUGAUACAUUUUCUGAGCCCUCCACCCAGAAUAUUUGCCCACAAGAGUCCAAGUCUACCAAGGAAUUGCCAGAAAGCCCAGUUAAGAGGCAGCACCGAAAUAGAGUAAAACUGGCAGCAAAUUUUUCAUUUGCACCUGUAACAAAACUUUAAUUUUUUUAGUUUUGGCAUGGAGGCCUAAACAGCAAGAGCACACACAGAGGAUUGGUUCCAAUAAAAAAAAAAGCAUUGCUUCUUUUGAAAUAAUGCCCCUUCAAGAUCUUGCUUCCCAUGGGCCUAUACCUCAACUGUAAAAUGCUUAAUUCAAAAGCAUUUUUUCAAUAUUAAGACUAUCCAGUGAGUUCAAUUUUAUUUUCUGCAGGCCUCAUCAGUAUUGUAACCCUAUUUGUGUUUGAGCUCUUAUCAGACCUUUCUUCAGACAGUGUUACCCUGAAGCAUGAUCUCUCUGUGUAGCAUGCCACAUGCGUCUAUCUCCUUCCAGUGUCUCUCCUGUUUUAGGAUUUCUGAGGACAAUCCCAUUUUCUUUAGGUAAUAUACCAAAUAUUUAGAAUUCAGAAUUGUACUCUAGCACUGAGGGUUUAAUAUUAUGAUGCUAUUUUGAAAAUGGUAAGUGUAAGGUUUUUAUUUUAGGGCUAUUUCAGGUGACUUGUAAGGUCCUUGCCAUGCACAUUAUUUGUCUAUAGAGAUCUGUGUCUGGGAAUUUGGGUUUUACCCAGUUUUAACAUAUCCAAUUUUUUUCUUUCUUUGCACUGAGGAUCUGUUAAGGUCAUGGCACUGCUUCCCGGAUGAUGUACACCAGUUUAAAACUAUAGUUGUGUUCAAAAGUGAAAAAAAUUUCCCAAAUUUAUACUUUGAAUUUGGUACUUGAGCAGAAAAUACUUGCCUGUGUCUUAGAGAGUAGAACAUUUCACACAAAGGAAAGUUUUCCUGUUUACAGUAAUAUGCAUCGAAAUGCAUAAAUCACGGAUACCGGAGCCAUAUAGACAUUGUAGUGGUAUUCGCUUAAGUAGAUGCCGUUUCCACUGAAAAGGAAGUGUCAUCUACGAGUGGAAAAGCCAAGGUUGUUCCCUUUAACCUUGACCUAUUUUUAAAAAAAUGCUUAGCAAAUGGACAAAGGUAGCUGGUGGGAUGGCAUAUUGUCUUUUAACUGUCUGUCUGGUUUUUAUUGGAAAUGCAUCCCUUGGGUUUUUUGAAGAAUUUCAGUUUUGGUGUUAAGUCUGGCUUUUGGGGAAAUGCCACACGUGACUCCAGAAAAAACCAGAGGGAUUGCCUGUUUGACUGAUUUUUGGUGUUGUAGGACAGAAGGCCACCUACUCCUUCUGGGUUAACCUGGCAUUUACAAUGGAUUGUAUUUGCCAGGCAAGUGAUGGUUUCUUGUAGAACUUACUUAAAAAGGUUCUAUAUUUGUGUUGUGUUUUUGGGUUCUUUGCAGUAUGCUAGAAAGACAAAAGAUGGACUCCGAUUCCUAAGCCAUUUCAAUGAAAUGCUUUUACGUAAUGGCAUUUUGAAUUUAUUUUACCUCUUGGAUUUUGCACAAGGAUCAUUUUAAACAUGGCCUCUUCAGCCUGAUAAAGUUGGAACGUCUGUGUAGACACAGGACAAAUUCAGGAGAGGGUUCUUUCUGCACGUAUAGUCUCACAAAAGCAUUACCUCUAUGGACAUGGUGUAGGUUUCAGAAAAUUUUGUUUUAGACUGCUUUUUAAAUCUUAAUUGGAAAUAAAACAUCGUUGUAACCUUAUGCUAAGAAUUAUUUUGUAAGGAGAGUCAUCCCACAAGUGUGCAGUGCAAUUUUUCCUUUUUUUUUUUUUAUUGCAAGUGCCUGCAGGUCACCUGAAAUGCUUCGUUACAGAUACUCUUGUUCUCCCUAGUAAUAAAAUCAACUCUUCAGCAUGGAGGUUAAACCAGUGAUGGUCAAUGUAGAUUUUACUUUUGUCCUCCCAGAAUCAUUUAGUAACCAGCUCAUAACUUGAAAUCUUUGUUCUGUAUGGAUGUUGGCAAAUGUCCUCUAAAAUGGGCUUAAAGAUUGUUGCUGUUUUUUUAAGACUGAUGAACUGAAGAAUUAUGAGGCUAUUUAAAACUUUAUUUGAAACCAUAAAACUUUAAUUUGUGACUAGAAUAAAAUGUAAAAAAAAAAAAAAAAGUUUCAUGUACACCAACCCUUCGGAGGCUUUUGAAGUUGUCGGGGCUUAAAAAAUUAUGCACUGUUCUUUUCUGUUCAUUUAAAGUCUCAAGUGUGUUGGGACCAAAUUGUGUGUCAAUAAAACUUGCAAGCAUC